UUGAUGGACGAGCCUGCAGACUUGACAGAGUGCUGUAGGUCUUCUGCCAUUGGCGUUUAGCAGGUCACAUGGUGUGUCAGGAAGGUGAUAUGAGGGUGGAAGGCAGUUUUACAGCUUUGACAUACUUACCUAAGGUUAGGGCAAAGGGAGCACCGAUUAAUGACUGCUCAGUUUUGAUCAGUUCUGAACAAAUACCAGGCCCCGAUUCAGGAUGAACUCCUACUUAGAUUAUCCUGUGUGCAGUCGGGGAGCAAAUAUUUUCAGCACCAAGGCCGGAUACCCAAAUUUAAACCAUGGAUACAUGUCCACCUCUUGCCCAACAAGUGAUAGUUACGCACCGGACGGUCGUUUAGUGGCCGCAGCUUCUGCGCCCCACCAGUCUCCUGGCCUCCCCUUGCACCACCAAACUCAUGUCAACUUGGAUCUGCAGUUUUCAGCUCCGGGGAACCACAUGUAUGGGUCACCUCUGGAGUACGGACAGUACGGCCUCGCCUCUGAUCAGGACCGGAGCUUUAUUAAUGCACAGGCUUCACCCAUCGGAACAAACAUGGCUCCCUAUACAGGAGACAGCUGUGGGCCUGGAGUUGCCUCGACCAGCCAGUAUCUGCACUUUAGCAACGGGGAUCAGAGGCAGCAAGAAUAUUCAGAAAGUGUUUAUGCGAGGUUACCGCCCCAGUGUAAGGAGAAGGAUCUGGAGCAUGCCGAGGAAACUUCUAAAACUUUUGACUGGAUGAAAGUGAAGAGGAAUCCUCCUAAAACAGCUGUCCAGUCGGAGUUCGGGGUUCCCGGCCAGCACAACGUGAUCCGCACCAACUUCACCACCAAGCAGCUGACAGAGCUGGAGAAGGAGUUCCACUUCAACAAAUACCUGACCCGGGCACGACGGGUGGAGGUCGCGGCCAGUCUGGAACUGAAUGAGACGCAGGUGAAAAUCUGGUUUCAGAACCGCAGGAUGAAGCAGAAGAAACGGGAGAAGCUUGGCUGCGCUUUGGUCAGCUCCCCGGCACCAGUGGACAAACUUUCUGGCUCGGACAACCCUCCAAAAGCAAAAGGGGGAAAACUGUGAACAAUGACUAUAAAAAUGACUGUGGAGGCUUGAGCAGCUUUCCACAGCAAAGUUGCACCAUUCCAGAAAAAACUAUAAACUGUGAAAAUUGCUUGUGUUCUUGUGAAGUAUGCAGGGUUUGACUGUCUGCUAAUGUGCAUUGACUUCUGAAUUGAAUGUGAGGAACCAUUUAAAAAAAAGUGUUUUCAUCCAUUCUUAUACUUCAAUCGUUUUAUGUUGUGUUUUGUGUUGGAGUACCUCCUCAAUGUCACUGUUUGCACUAUUUAUUUACAGGGUAUUUCCCAACAAUUGUUCAGAUAAU